AAAUUUAUAUUAAAAAAUACUUUUUUGAUUUUAAAUUUGAUUUUAAUUAAAUUUAUGUAUACGUAGACAUGCAGCGAGAUGGUGAUUCCUAUAGGGAUUGGCAACGACACCAUGUUUCCUCCAUCACCAUUUGAUUUAAGCAGCUUCGAGAGCAAAUGCAAGAGGAAAUAUGGUGUUCCUCCUCGCCCUCAUUGGAUCACUUCUUAUUACGGAGGCCAUGACAUAAAAUUUAUUCUUCAGAGAUUUGGCAGCAACAUCAUCUUCUCGAAUGGGCUUAGAGAUCCUUAUAGCAGUGGAGGGGUAUUGGAGAACAUAUCCAAAAGUAUCGUUGCUGUUAAAACGAAAAAUGGAUCUCACUGCUUGGACAUACUUCCAGCCUCAGAAACUGAUCCACAAUGGUUGGUGGAGCAGCGUGCGACGGAGGUCAAGAUCAUCAAACAAUGGCUUGCUAACUACUUUGCAGAUCUUAGGGCAUUAAUCAAACAUUAAUACAUGUCAUGAUAUUUAUAAGUAAGAGUUUGAUUCACCUCUAUAUGUCUUAAGUAGCAUAUAUUGUAAGAAAAGGCAUAAUUAGUUUGUCUUUUUUUAUCUAUAAAAAAAUUUUUAUAUU